AUGGAUGCGGAUUUGCCGGUCGUGGUUCUCGGCGCUGGCAGCGGUGGCAUUGCCGAGCUUCAGUUAUGGAUUGACGACUCCACAGUGCAAUGGGCAUUACUCGAGUUCUGCAUUGGUGAGGGUCCACUAGCACGUCAGCGCAUGCUUUUCUUGCAUGUGAACGGCGAGAGAUGCUCGCCCAUUGCACGUGGGCGUGCGAACGAGCUGACGCCUGAGGUGCAGCGCUUGAUGCGCGGCUUGGAAGUGGGAGAAGCAUAUCACGCAACUCUGGAGGUGAAGACCGCAGAGGAGGUGAGUCUGGACAGCUUGCUUGAGCGGGUGCUUCCCUUCUUCACAGUGGUGCUCUAUCAGUCUAAAGGAAUUCAAAAGGCACGCAUGAAGGUGUGUGCGCAGCUCAUUCAGGUGGAAUUUGAAAAGGUUGCAAUGCUAAAUGGAUCCAAGGAAGAGCAGCUUUCUUCAGCAAAAGCUGCAGCGACUGUGGCAAGUUCUGCCGAACCUGAAGAAGGCAUCGCGGCAAAUCUGAGAUCCGGAGAAGAUGAUGCCGGCGGCUAUCAGACAUCCCUUGGCGGCUGGCGCAACGGCCGGGAUGCCUUAAAAGCCGUCGGAGAGCCUUUGGGUGCUUGGUUCUCAGAUUGCAGGCUGAUGGCCUGGAACUGGGCCUUCUUCCGGGCCGAUCACGUCGAUUUACAGAUUGUAGGGGGUGGCACUGGUAGCCUGGAUGAGAUGAAAGCCUGCUACGAAGAGCACAGCUCUGAUGUUCUCUUUGGUCUGCUCCGAUUGGGGUUUGGCGAGGGUCGCUUGCGCCGGACGAAGUAUGUCUUCAUUCACGCCAAUGGCGAGAAGGUUCCAGUAGUUGCCCGUGGUAAGCUAUCUGCCGAGAGGCCAAAGAUGGAAGAGGUAUUCAGCCAGUUUGCAAGCAUCUCCGUCACUAUGGAAAUCCUACAUCCUGCUGAUCUCACCUUGGCCAACGUUGUGGAGAGGGUUCGGCGCGCGGCCGUGGUAGAUGAUGACGUCCUUGGAAGAGAUGCUGGCUCGCCUUCAGUCUUUUCUGUGGAAGCUUUCCAGAAGGCGCUUCAGGAGGAGAAGCUGGAACGUGCGUCUGAGCUGCAGACACUUCGGCGGCGGAGCACUGGUCUGCGUUCUGGGCUCCCUGCAAAUCUUGUCUCUGAAUGGGCCGGGCGACCGCUAACAGAAGUGGUUUCGCUGGUUCACAAAGUGGGUGGGCCUCUGAAUUGGGCACUCUUUGGCCCAGACCCGUCUUGGUUGAGCCGCAGACGAACAGUGAAGACUACCCAGGCUUCCCUGCUUCCAGAUCAAGUUGCUGCUCCCAGCGGCGGCUAUCUCAGAGCAGAGGCCGAGCAGGUCUCCCGCGCAAGCACGCCUGUGCGGGAACGACCCACAAAGGCGGAAGAACCAGAUAGCGCCGCAAAAGAUACGGCAGUGAGCUGCAACUCUACUGCUGCUGAUAGCCCUGUGACACCUGCUCAGGAGGAACAGCCAGACGAUGCCCAAAGUGAAGAUGAUACUCCCAAAGGUAGUGUCCCACAUUUCCCGGGACUUCAGCACAGAAUUUCUGGGCCUCUGCUGAAGCAAUCCAGUGCUUGGCAUGGGCGCUGGCAGCUACGCUGGAUGGAAGUGAAAGGCGGUCACCUCAUGUGGUGGCAUGGUCCCACCUUCGUAUCUUCCGAACCUUUAGGUGUCCUCCCACUGGCCGGAGUGAAGGUGCAGGGCAAUGGCAAUGCUUUCACAUUGGUCACUGCGGGUGGGAAGCACAAGGCCUACCACCUCAGUGCAGAUGUUGAUGAAUCUGCUAGCGCCGCCAAUUGGAUUGCGCCUGCGUCAUGGCCUAAGGCCAAGUAUUGGAUCCAAGCUUUGGAGCAGGAAAGCUUGGCCAUGGCAUCAGGCAAGUGA